AUGGCCGAGGGAGACAAGAAGAAGGUGGCCAAGAGGAAGCAUGGCAGCCGUAACCCCGUCCUGGUGCGGGGCAUCGGCCGCUACUCCCGUUCUGCCAUGUCUGCCCGCCGUGCCAUGUACAAGAGGAAGACCAAGGCACCUGUGACCAAGAUUGAGAAGAAGCUGAAGGCCAAGGCCCCCACCAAGGCCACCAAGCCAGUUGGUGGAGACAAGAAUGGAGGCACCCGUGUGGUCAAGCUGCGCAAGAUGCCCCGUUACUACCCCACAGAGGAUGUGGCCCGCAAACUGAAGAGCCACGGCAUCAAGCCCUUCAGCAAGCACACCCGCAAGCUGCGUAGUGCCAUCACUCCUGGCACUGUGCUCAUCCUGCUCACAGGACGUCACCGCGGGAAGCGUGUGGUCUUCCUUAAGCAGCUGGGUAGUGGUCUCCUGCUUGUCACUGGCCCUCUGGCCAUCAACAGAGUGCCACUGCGCAGAGCUCACCAAAAGUUUGUCAUCGCCACCGCCUCCAAGGUGGACAUCUCAAGCAUGAACAUCCCCAAGACCCUGACGGACACCUACUUCAAGAAGAAGAGGCUGAGGAAGCCCAAGCACCAGGAGGGAGAGAUUUUCGACACUGAGAAGGAGAAGUACUCUGUGACAGAACAGCGUAAAGAGGACCAGAAGGCUGUGGACUCCCAGUUGCUCCCCCUCAUCAGGAAAGUACCACACAUGAAGGACUAUCUGCGCUCACAGUUCUUCUUGUCCAAUGGUGUCUACCCACAUAAACUGGUCUUCUAAGUGAACUCCAAUAAAACGCUGUCUUUUUCCAACGAAA